AUGUGUGGACGUUUUGCUUGUGGUUUAGCACCUGAUGUUGUACGUCAUCUUUCAACUUAUAUGCAUUCUCAAACACAUGAAUUAACUGUACCACCAUUUAUUGAUUUAAUGUCAUCAACAAAAUCUUUUCGACCAAGUUGGAAUUUAGCUCCAACUAAUACUUGUCUUUGUUUAAUAUCGGCUAAACAUUUAGAUGAAACAGAUGAUUCAUCAACACGAGUUCUUUGUACAAUGCGUUGGUCACUUAUUCCAAGUUAUUAUAAAGGCAAUUUAAAUGAAUUUAAAGUUGUUUUAAAUAAUUGUCGAUCUGAAACUAUUGAUCAAAAACCAACAUUUAAAAGACCAUUAAGAAAUGGUCAACGAUGUGUUGUGCUUGCUGAAGGGUAUGUUUGA